AUGAAGAUUCUUUACCAGUCAAUGCUUCUGGCGGUAGCCAUUGCUGCUCUGUUUUAUCUGCUUCGCGUGGCUCUGUUCAAGACUGGGCUGAUUUACCUCCCCAAAAAAUGGUGGAGAGUCGUGGAAGACCGCCUGCACGUUUAUCAGUACUUCAAGGUGCCGGAAUUCACCGGCGGCUUGCAGGAGAACGAGCUCUACCGGAGGGUGACUCUGUACUUGAAUUCUCUGGAAUCGAUGGAGGAUUCGGAUUUCACGAACCUCUUCACCGGGAGGAGUUCCAACGAGAUCGUCCUCCGCCUCGAUCCUAACCAGAGAAUCGAAGAUUAUUUUCUCGGAGCUCGGGUUUCUUGGAUUAACGGCGACGAUGGCGGCGGCGGAGGUAGCAGGACUUUGGUUCUGAAGGUCAGGAAAGGAGAAAAGAGGCGGAUUCUCCGUCCUUACCUCCAGCACAUCCACACCGUCUCUGACGAGCUGGAGGAGAGGAAGAAGGAUUUGAAGCUCUACAUGAACGCCGCGGCGGCCAGCCAACCGAACUCGAGGCGGUGGAGGUCGGUCCCGUUCGCUCAUCCGUCGACUUUCGACACGAUUGCGAUGGAGCCGGAUCUGAAGAUUAAACUGAAAUCAGAUCUGGAGUCGUUCCUCCGAGCCAAGCAGUACUAUCACCGCCUCGGCCGCGUCUGGAAGCGGAGCUACCUCCUGUACGGCCCGUCGGGGACGGGGAAAUCGAGUUUCGUCGCCGCCAUGGCCAAUCUGUUGCGCUACGACGUCUACGAGAUCGAGCUCUCAAGAGUCCGAGACGAUUCAGAUCUCAAAUCGCUCUUGCUCCAGACGACGACCCGGUCCGUGAUCGUGAUCGAGGAUCUCGACCGAUUCGUGACGGAGAAAUCGUCAUCGUCAUCGUCAACAUCGGCGGCAGUGACGUUACCCGGGGUGCUGAAUUUCAUGGACGGGGUCCUCAACUCCUGCGCGGCGGAGGAGAGGAUCCUCGUGUUCACGAUGAGCAGCAAGGACCGGGUCGACCCGGCGGUGCUCCGACCGGGUCGGGUCGACGUCCACAUCCACUUCCCGAUGUGCGAUUUCUCGGCGUUCAAGACGCUGGCGAGCAGCCACCUGGGGCUGAAGGAUCACAAGCUGUUCGCCCAGGUGGCGGAGAUUUUCCAGACGGGGGCGAGCCUGAGCUCGGCGGAGAUCGGAGAGCUGAUGAUCGCGAACCGGAGCUCCCCUAGCCGGGCGCUGAAGCUGGUGAUGAAGGCGCUGCAGACUGAAGGCGACCGUAGGGGAUCGCUGGACAUCGUCGGAGGAGGGCCGCGAAGCGGUGGGUACUGUGAGUCGCAGGAGGAGCAUUCAGGGAUCUUCGGGAGGGACGGGGGAGGGUCGGCGGCGAUGUUGAAUCCGAUGAAGGACAUCCGGAAACUGUACGGGAUGCUGAAGCUGAAGAGCACCCGGAAAUCGGAAUCGUUCGAGGUGACUCCGGUGGGGACGGAGGCGGUAUCGUCGACGGCGACGGAGAUGGGUAAUGGGCGGUGA